AUGCGACAGAUGAUGAGCUUCAACAACUCAGACAUAACGGAUUUGCUGCAUGGCUUCUUAGUUAUGUCCGAGGAAGCUCCCCAUUCCGCAUCCCGUCGUUCUGCACCCCGUGGCGGCCGAGGUAGUUCGGCGAGCAGUUCCUGUCCAUCGGGAUCAUCUCACGAACAAAACUCGGUUCCCGCAUAUAUUCCCGCUCCCGCUCCCGCUCACGCUCCCGCUCCCGCUCACGCUCCCGCUCACGCUCCCGCUCCCGCUCCCGCUCCCGCUCCCGCUCCCGCUCCCGCUCCCGCUCCCGCUCCCGCUCCCGCUCCCGCUCCCGCUCCCGCUCCCGCUCCCGCUCCCGCUCCCGCUCCCGCUCCCGCUCCCGCUCCCGCUCCCGCUCCCGCUCCCGCUCCCGCUCCCGCUCCCGCUCCCGCUCCCGCUCCCGCUCCCGCUCCCGCUCCCGCUCCCGCUCCCGCUCCCGCUCCCGCUCCCGCUCCCGCUCCCGCUCCCGCUCCCGCUCCCGCUCCCGCUCCCGCUCCCGCUCCCGCUCCCGCUCCAUAUGCUCCCGCUCCAGCUGCUCAGGAGGAUCCGGGGGUCAUGUCAGUUCAAGAAUUGGUUCAACAACCAGGUCGAGAGCAUCUCCCGGUUCUUCAUCCCAACCCACGACCGGGACAUACAACUUGGUUCGACAAGUCGAGCAAUGACAUUAGCAGGAGCAUCAACAAUAUGAUGUAUUCCAUGCUCCAUACCGGAUAUUCGAAGUGGAGUGUGAUUCCUCGCGACGACCGGGAGUUGUGGUUUCGUCAGUUUGCGCAAGAGUUCACUUGGGAGUCCGGUCUCAGGAAAACAGUCCGUCAGAAAUUCAACGAAAUGGCCAUGGACUCUUAUACGAAGCAGAUCAACGCUUGGAAGACAGUAUGGCAGAAGAACAAGAGGCCACGGUACAUCAACGGGACGGUGUGGGAGCAGUUGAUAGAGCAGUUGAUAGUCCAUUGGGAGAAGGACGACACUGCAGCGACGUCUCGUAAGAACUCCAAGAACCGAAUGAGCGAUCGUGGCGGGAAAGGUAUAUAUGCGGUUCCUAAAAGUAAAGGAGGACGUUUAGUUGGGUUGGCCCGCCGUGCUUCUUCGUAUCCGGCGUCUUCCUCGCAAGUUCCGUAUACCGAUCCCAUGAUUCUGGAGCAGCUACAGAACAAAGAUGAACGGAUUGUGGCAUUGGAGGAGAAGAACGCCACUAUUCUUUCUGAGAAUGCCACUAUCCUUGCUCAGCUGGAAUCCCAAAAGAAGACCAACGCCGAGUUAUUGGAAAAGCUAGAUCGUUUGUUGCCUUCGGGUUCUUAG